AUGUUUGAGGAACCACAAACAGAACCGCUGGAUUUAACAAUGUCAAGAGUGUGUGGUGGACGGAUUGAACCACCAGAUGGAUCAAUAGCAGAAACGAGUGGGGGACAAGCGGAACUCAGCGAAACUGAUCACGAAGAUGCAGAAAGGUCAUUGAACUUACCAAUUCAAGAAGCGAGUAGGGAAUAA